GUUAUAAGAAAAGGCAUCAGCUCAGUAGCUCAGCAUCCUUUGCAAGCGGACCCCGAUCCUCAUCUGAUUAAAGCGGUAUCCGGGGAGUCUGAACACGAAUUGAAUACUGUCAACUAGAAAGCCUGCCUCAUUGGAGUUGGGGUGAGCCAGGGUUUAAUUAAGAAAUAUUCCCUUUACACGAUUUAAAAAUGAUGGCAUGCACCGAGAUGAUCACGAUGUGCCUCCAGUCUGCAAAACAGCAGCACCUGCACGCCAAGCAGCAGCAACAACUGCUGCAGAAGAAAACCCCAAGCCAAGGGCUUUCCAUUCUGCACGAUAUUUUUCGAAGAGCUGACAAGAAUGAUGACGGGAAGUUGUCCUUUGAGGAAUUUAAGAUGUAUUUUUCAGAUGGGAUCCUCAGCUCAGAGGAACUGCGUGAGUUGUUCUACACAAUUGACAGACGUCAUACCAACAAUCUGGACACAGAGAAGCUAUGUGAUUACUUCUCUGAACACCUCGGCGAGUACCUUGAUGUUCUCUCCGCUUUGGAGAAGUUGAAUAUCGCAAUCCUAAAAGCUCUGGACAAAACCAAAGAGGAAUAUCAGAGCUCCUCUCAGCUGAGCCAGUUUGUGACACGGUUUCUUCUGCGGGAGACGUCCAGCCAGUUACAGUCCCUGCAGGGCUCACUAGAGUGCGCUAUGGAGGCGGUGGAGGAGCAGAGUUGCAAAGGAAGGAUGGACAUGAAGAAGCCUGAGGCUCUCUCUGUGCAGCGGACUGGACGGCGAUGUGGCCGAAGGACCCAGAAGAACGUGUGCCUGUCCCCUACAGACCCCUACUCAGGCAUGCUCACCUCAGGGAUUUGUGUUGAGCCAGACAACCAUUGGGCGUCACAGAUCUCCAGACUCCAGCAGCUCAUUGACAAGCUGGAGUGUAAGAGCCCCAAGCUGGAGCCCCUCAAAGAGGACACCAUUGCUGGCCCUUACAAAGCUAACAUCCUGGUGGUUCAGAGACAGAUGCCUGUAAUGGAGGAGAUGCUGGAAGAGUUCCGUCAGGCUCUCAAGUGCUACACUGAUAACACAGCCAGCCAGAGCUGCAGCUUGCAUGUUUCAGUGCAGAAGCUCCCUGAAGAAUCCUGCUUCAUAAUGUAUGAAUUCUGGCAAGACAGAAACUCGUGGACAAGCUAUCUCCAGUCUAAUGCUAGUAAGAUGUUCCAGCGCAGUGUCAUUGACUUUCUGGAGAGCCCCGAGCUUGUCACCACCAUGCUGCUUCCAGCCUCCUGGUGGAUUAUGAACAACAACUGACAGUGCUGUCUGUACCCACACAGCUCCUGAAAAUGAAAUUCCAGUCUGAAAUCCCAGUUUUGAAGUGAUUAAAAGACUAACACAUGUGCAGCCCCCCUAGAACCCGCGAUGGCAACUAUUCUAAUGACAGGCCUGUUAGUCUUUUCUAUGUAAAAUCUGGAAGUAGAAAUACAAAAAAAUAUAUUUACCUGUUAAACUUACUUUGAAUUUUCUUUUUUGUUUUAGUUAUUUUUAAAGAAAAAAAAACUUUGACUUUGGCUUUGCAGCAAUCAAAUUCUAAAAUUAGCGCAGGACUUUUCCCCCAAGGAUAAGACUGGAAACGUUGGCAUUAUGAUAGAUAAAAACAGGCUUAUCGGUGAUAUCUGUAACCUGCAGGGGAAAAAAAGGUUACCUAACAGGGUUUCUGUACCAGCUUAUAUUUAGUUUAAAUAUAUUUUCUCAAAAAAUAUGCAACAGUACCCUUAGCAUAUCCGUUGGAAAAGCAUAGGAAAACAGCAAAAUUACCUUGCAAAUGUACCAUGGUAACAUUUUAGAAGGGUAGUAGCUUCCACAUGAUCUACUGCUCAAAAUACAGCCAUGGGUGAAUACUAAAAUUUGAGCAGGCUUUAAUUGCAUUAAAUGUAUAAUCAGCAUAAUAAAAAAGCCUGAAUAUUUUGUGAGAGUCCGACCCCUUAAAGUUAGCAAACGCUUUGACUUACUGAAUAAGAAGCAGGGAGGUAAGGAAGGUAGGGAUCUUAUAUGUGCUUUUCAUGGGUUUCCGCAAUAGAGCAUUUAACUCCUGCGCUACGUGUGUUAACUUCUGGCUGUCAGAUGUUUACCACUGUUUUUCUUUGUUUGUUAAUGUUGAAAGAAAGCAUUAUUUGUUAAUCCUGAUGUAUUUCAUGUUUAUUUUGUAACAGUGGAAAGUGUUUGCUUAGUAUAGUUUAGAUUCUUGAAUGAUAAUUUUUUGGUCAUUUUCUAUUAGAAUCCUCCUAUAUUUAAAGUGGUUUUGAAAAUCAUUUACUUUAUCUUCAGUAUUGCUAUAAAAAGCUUUCAAAGCCACCAUAGAAGCCCUUUGAUGACAUUAGUAUACCAACAUCAUUUUUCACAGAAUUUCUUUCUUUUCAUUAAAAAAAACUGGCUAAUUCUGUACAAGUCUACCAACAGUUAAAACAGUUUGCUAUCUUCUUUGAAUCAGGCAGAAACUGUCACAAAAGAAAGAUCUAUGGAUCAAGUUUUGGAUACAGUUCAGAAUGUAUGUCUAUUUCAGAAUGCAAGGCUGUAGAAACUGAUUUACAAAGUGACUGUCUUUAGUGCAUUGCAAAUAAAUUAUACUGACGUUAUAUAAAUAGCAUGCAUGUACUCUACUGGCAUAUUAGGCAUGGCUAGUGGAUUGAAGGGCGAGGCUGUAAGGUCUUGUAGAUUUCAUUUUUAUUGUAUGAAUUCAAAAGGAGCAUGCUGAAGCAGGGUAUAUAUUGGGCACAUGCAAUUCUUGGACUGUGCCAUUUAUGUUCAAAGUGGGGGUGGGGACUAUAAUAUAUGGUUAGAUUUUAAAUAGCGCUGUUUCUGCCCUAUUUUAAACCAAGUACGUUCAAAAGUAAAGGCAUGUGCAGUGCAGUGUAAAACUAUCAAGAAACAACUCAGUUGCGAGAAAGAGCUGUUCAUUUACUGUUCUGAGUAAUCUCUUGCAAGUUUUAUACCGUUACCAUUGUUUUACUCCCCUCUAAAAUGGUGUAUUUUCUUUUCCAUUCAGAUUUCAGCAGCUGCAUUCUCAUUGCUAUUCUAGUUAUAAAGGUUUGAAAUUGUAAAGCUCAAAACUGAACUGGCUCGCUAUAUUCUCUUGACAAAUUGUGUUUGUUUGCUGUACAGUAUCUCUUAAUAAUGUAAAAAACGCCUAUUUCAGCUUUCUGGAUUCAAGGUUUGGUUUGUGCUUAAUAAAAUUGGACUUGGUUUUAUCCAAA